GAUAUAUGGAAUGAGCCAAAUAAAUUCAGAAAAUAUGCCGAUGUUAUGGUAGCACCGGAAUUUAUGGAAACCUUUUUAACUUUACUGGAAAGUCGUGAUAUUCAAAAUAUUGUUGAGCAUUUGCAAAACCUUUCCUGGCAGUAUCCAGAGCUUGUUGAGGUAAUAAACUUCACCACAACCUUCGAAGGACGAGACUUGAUAGGGAUUAAAGUACCAUUUAAGGUCGGAAGAGUUAAAGUCUUCAAGCCGGCAAUUUUCAUAGAUGCAGGUAUUCAUGCUCGAGAAUGGAUCGCGCCAGCUAUGAUAACACUAUACGGCAGAGACGACGACAUUACAAGAAUGGUAGACGUAUUUGACUGGUAUUUUGUACCUGUGGCUAACCCAGACGGUUAUGAAUAUAGUAUGACUGCGGAUCGAUACUGGAGAAAGACAAGAUCAAAGAAUGAAUCUGUAAGUAAAUGGUGUUACGGGGUUGAUGCCAACCGCAACUGGGGUUAUCGUUGGGGAGAAGUUGGUGGUAGUAGAAACCCAUGCAGUGGUGUGUAUGCUGGCCCAACAGCCUUUAGUGAAGUUGAAAUUGCUGGAAUUCGAGACUACAUAACCUGGAAAGUAGCUGACCUAAAAGCUUAUUUUAGCUUACACAGCUACGGUCAGGUAAUUUUGUCUCCCUGGGGAUACACUAAGGAACGACCAGAUAAUUACGAAGAACAGCAUACCCUAGCUCGUGCUGCGGCGGAGGCUAUUAGAAAUAAAACUGGUGCUGAGUACAAAUUUGGCAGUAUUUCUGAACUCAUGUAUCCAGCAUCUGGCACUAGCAUUGACUACAUGAUGAGCAAGAAAGUGCCAUUUACCUAUGGGAUUGAACUCCGCCCAGAAGAUGGGGAAUUAAGUUCUGGAUUUGAUCUUCCUGCCAGCGAAAUUGAACCGACAGGUGAAGAACUUCUGUCUGCUUUCCUGACAGUGGCAAAGCAUGUCGCUGGUAGAAGGUCGUCGUAG